AUGGUUGGAUCCUUUUCAGGAUCUCUCACCCGUUCCACAGAAGAUGACAACUCUCCUCAAUACAGUGAUAGAGAAUCACUUACAAUCACUGGGGUGGAUUCAGAUUUUUCUCGAUAUCUGUCUAGUCAUCACAAUGCAAUACUAAUUGGUGUUGAUGGUGGAUGGUAUGAUGUAACAUCAUUCCGUCAUCGUCAUCCAGGCGGCGCGGCGCUUCUUGAAAAAUCUCAUGGGCGCGAUGUCACUGAAAUAGUCACAUCAUUUCAUGAGGGAAACGUAUUGAAGGGGUGGAGACCUGUUGGGUUCUAUAGCCGUCCGAUUGAAGUGAUGAAAGAUCCUGCAGCUAAAGCUUUCAGGGAUCUUCAUAAGGAAUUUUCAGAUAAGGGCUAUUUUAAGACGUCAAUGGAAUGGCACAAUGAAAUGACCCACAAUCGCUUCAUCGAUCAACUCUGUGGAAUUGUUUUUGGAUCCUUUUUCACUGGAAUCAGUUCCUCAUGGUGGAGAGAUGAACACUUCGAGCAUCAUGCAUUCACAAAUGUUGCAGAUGAUGAAGGCAAUUCAUGGGACGUUCAAAUGCAAGAAGAUCUCUGGGCUCAAAUCUAUGAGGGUGUUCUUCACGUCCAAUUACUGCUAAGCCAUUAUGGGAAGCCAUGGACCUUGGAGAAGGAUUUAAUGGUCACUACUGAUUGGUACCGAGCGCAAAUUUUGAGUAAUCUCGAUAUCAAGACUCCCAUUUGGAUGGAUUGGUUUCAUGGCGGUCUCAAUUUUCAUCAGGUCCAUCAUCUCUAUCCCAGAAUGCCACGGCAUAGAUUCAGAGAAGCAACAAAGCGUGUGCGUGAAGUUUGCGAAGAUGUUGGUUUAAAGUUAGACGAGUGUUCGUUCACUGAAGCAUUAUGGCGAACUUUAACGCAUUUGAAGAAAAUGGGUCGUCAAUACAGCGAUUCCAUUAAAAGCUAUUAG